UCACUUUGCUGGGCGCCAAUGGUAAAUAAUGUUCCAUACAUUGGUGGUUAGUGGAAAGAAUGUCCCUUACAUUAGUGAUCAGUGGGCAAAAUGCCUCUUACAUUGGUGGUCAGUGGGAAGGAUCUCCCUUACAUUGGGGACAAAUGGGAAAGAAUUCCCUUUACAUUGGUGGUCAUUGGGAAAUAUAUCCCCUUACAAUGGCGGUCAGUGGGAAGAAUAUUCCUUACAGUGGUGGUCAGUGGGAAAAAUAUCCCCUUACAUUGGUGGUCAGUGGGAAUAAUACUCCUUACAUUGGUGGUCAGUGGGAAGAGUAUCCUCUUAUAUUGGUAGUCAGUGGGAAGAAGGCCCCUUACAUUGGUGAUCAGUGGGAACAAUUCUCCUAACUUUUGUGAUCAGUGGGAAGAAUGCUCCUUAUAUUGGUGAUCAGUGGGAAGAAUGCUCCUUACAUUGCUGGCCAAUGGGAAGAAUGUCCCCUUAUAUUGGCAGUCAGUGGGAAGUAUGCUCCUUACAUUGAUGGUCAGUGGAAAGAAUACUCCUUACAUUGGUGGUCAGUGGGAAUAAUGUCCCCUUAUAUUAGUAGUCAGGGGGGAGAAUGUUCCUUACAUUGGUGAUCAGGGGGAAGAAUGCUCCUUACAUUGGUGAUCAGGGGGAA